AUGGACACGGACGCUGACGCACUGUUGCUUUCUUUUUUGCAAAGUUCCUGCCAAGAAGAGGUGGUUCAGCGGGCCCAAGAAGAGAUCGGGCAGCUGAUCCAAGCAGGGCUUCCUCCUAAACCUGUCAAAGUUAGUAAGCUCCUGCAUCUGGCCUUGCGCAGAGAUGUUUGGGCCCUCCUUGCGAGCCGACCAGCUUUUGGCGUUUCCCAAGUGCCACCUGAAUUGCUCAUUUUCAGGUCCUUUGACAGGGUGAUUUCGGAGUGUCUGAAGGAUGUCAUUCGUAGGACUGAGCAGUUUGUUCUGGACACGCCGCUGAGUAAUGUAGCUGGUCCGUGGGAAGGGGGUCACUCGGCUGACAGCCUCAAUUCUGCCGCACAAGUGGGCAGUUGCCGUCAAGUUUUUGCUGCUUGGAACGCUCAAGGGGCUUUUGGUAGAUCCGCAGAUGAGGCCCUUAACGUGGAUCGCAUGUUGCACUUUGCGGCACAGCUUUCGCACGAAGGAGUCACCAUCGCGGUUCUUGCGGAACCUAAGCUCAGAUCACACGCUGCGUGGCCCACUUGCACCGGGUUCAAAUUUUUCGGGUUGCAAACGGACGAGCCGGCAUCUGUGGCGGUGCUUGUGCACGAGGCCGUUACAGAUGCAGUCUCCAUCAUUGAAGGAUAUGGCAACGAGUGCGCCAUGUGGGUUGCCAUUCAAAGUCAGCCUGUGAUUCUUCUUCUCGCGGUGUAUGGACCGCAUACUGGGCACCCCGCUGCGAUUCGUGAUGCUUUCUGGCAGCAGCGACUGCGAGAGCUUCGCAGCAUUAGAUGUUUGGAGCCCUAUAGGGAUUGUCCUUUCGUUCUUUUAGGUGACACUAACCUGCAUUUCCCUUGUCUGGGGCCGAUUAACGCCCGGAUGGCCAGCACUCUCGACAGGCAAAUUUUUUCUGUUUUCUGUAGUCCGGAUGGUUUUAAUGUUACCAUCAGAAAUCAAUCAGCCGUUCCAACGCACGCCUCGGGUUCAGUUAUUGAUUUGGUGGCGGCUGAACAGAUCCUUGCUCUGGACUUGAAGGUGUCAUGGCUCCAGGAGGAAGCACUGCGCAGUGAUCAUGCAUUCCUGGUGUGCGCCUGCCAUAUGGCCACAAUUCCCAUUCUUAGACAGCAGCAAGUUGGGGUUGCUCGUUGGGGUUUAGGCUCUUCUUGGGAUGAUGCCAUUGAUGAGGUUAAGUUUUCGCUUACCUUCGCCUCGUGUUGGGCAGCGUCUGCCCUUAGCAACGGCACCUUGAAGGCUUGGACUGCGCAAGGGAGUCACAAAGGAACUCGCCAGAAUUUGCUUGAUAGGGUUGUUUGGUGGAGAUCUGUGGUGCUGACACUGGCGGGCCACUUCAAAGGGCUGGUUUGGGUGUGUAGGGCCGAUAGGCGUUUGGACCUUGCGCAAGAGCUUUGGCCAUUUAUGGCUACAGAAGCUCACGAGGGAGAUGGUGCGACUGAAGCAGCUGAAGAUCUCCUGGCCAAGCUCAGAUCUUCCCUGCAUGAAGAGAAAGUAGCAAAAUUCACGAAGUUGUCUGCCUAUAAUCAGAACGCGGCCCAAGCUUAUCUGUCCCAGCUGUUAAAGCCCAGGGAGUCUCUUCAGACAAGGUUUGCGGAAGAGAACACGGGCAGGCAGUUGUCGGACUGUGAGUCACUGGCAGCCAUUGCUAACGAUGUGACGGCCGCGAAGGCUCUCCGCACCAGAGCAAUUGCACUAACUGGCUGCCACGGCCAUGGCCAUUGUGCCAUCAUCCAAAUGGCGCGUGAUGUUCUGAUAUUCGCAGGGUUGGAUGGUCUCUGCUACGGGUUGCUGAGGUGUGCCCAGCAUGCGACAGCUCUGUGGUGGAACUUCAAGUACAGCGGCCUCGCAAAUGCCCCAAUCCCGCCACACCUGUGCAGCCUCCAACUGGCAGUUGAUGAAAUUACCAGCUGGCCUCGCGAUGACCGCUGCGACGGGCUUGAUUUCAUGACGUCCUUUGCGGCGCAUGUCUUGAUCACUGUUUCUGCUGAAGAGGUGCACUUCCUUGCAACCUCCUCGCCGCCUGCAAUCACUUGCCACGACAACACUUGGCAAUUGGAAGACGGCACAACGGCUAUUGCGGAUCUUUUGCAGGGUUACGACCUUGCUUGGCGUGACGCUGUUCGUCUCCACGCCUGGCAAGCAGGUAUCCACGGGCAGGGUGGUCGUAGCGCAGUGCAACUGUUUGGUGCUUUUGCCAAGGGACUUGCGGAUGCCGUGGGUUUGCAGGGGGCAAAAAGGCGGCUUCACUUCUUUGUGUGGGUGAAGCCUGGCGCCGAAUUGCCACUCCCCACACUGGACGGUGAAGCGGUUAAAGUGGUCAACCAGCUGGACAUCUUGGGCACGCCGCUGGAAGCAGCCGUGUUGGGUCUUUCCACCUUGUCUCUUGGCGAAGGAGGCUACGUUCUGGUGCUCCUGUGGCUCGGGUACUCCUGGCGGUUAAGUGCUAAAAUUGCCAUGAGGAUCGUUACUUCAUUGGCUCGUCUUCUUACUCUCCCACCUUCCAAUGUCUUGCACACGACAGUUAGAGCAGCCGUGGCAGUGCCUGGGCCUACGUGGGUGGAUGCAGCUAAAGGUGUGGCGUGGUCGCUUGGAGUGUCCAACGUACCGACCUGGGAAACGUUGCCCAGUGAGGUGAACUCCGCGCCGCUGAUUAAACUCCACAUCCAGCAUUGGAAGCGCCAUUGUGUUGUCCCAGUCAUCAAGCACCUGGAAGAGCGUUGGCGCGCGGAAGCGUUGUCGAAGUUGGCAUGGGCCUUCAAUGGCAGUGGCCACGUUUUUGCCGCUCUUGGCCUCUUCCUGUCAUAUGCUUUCAUCGCCCUGUCUCUGGUUCUCAAAGAGCUGUCCUUCCUGCUCUUCAAGCGCUGGCGCAAAGAGAGGAGUGAUGAGGAAGAGGGAGAGCUGAAUCUAGAGAUGGUCAACUUCGCCACCGCCAUCUGGCAAGGGCUCACGCUGAUGCUGCUCUGGCCGGUAAACUUCGCGCUUCUGACAAAGUUGAGCGUUCCUGUCUACUUCGCUUCCGCCUUGUCCGCAUUUAAAGCGGCCGGGCCGUGGCUACUGGCCUACUUGGUGGUGAAUCUGGUCUAUACGGCAGCGACGACAAGCGUGCUGAAGCAACUCUCAGCAGUCGUCUUCUUGCUAAUCAAUGUUCUGAAUGUACCCCUGGUCUCGCUCUUUUUCUGUUUCAACCUCCCGCUUCUUGGAGCCGCCACCUUCCGAUGGAGCUUCGUUCUGGGGCUGGGCAUCAUCAUCGUCGGGCUCCUGACAUAUAAUUACAAAACUCUGAUAUCGAAAGCGAAGUGA